AUGUCGCUCCACGCUGCAUUCGCUCUGGCGGCGCCGCCGGGCGCCCUCAAGCUCUCCAAGGCCUCCAACAGUCGGAGGGCGCGGGUGUUGGUGCGGGCGUCGGACGACGACAAUGACAAGGAGCGCAGGAUCGGUAUCGGGUCGCAGGGAGGCGGGUUCAGCGAAGACCUGCUCGACUUCGCGCUGGCUGGUCCGAAGAUGCGCAGGUGGUACGGGCAGGAGGACGCGCUGCCGAGUGAGCUGAUCGGCGACAAGAAGGGCAAGGACGACGACGACGGGGGGGGGGAGUUCGGCGAGGAGGGCAACGGCGGCGACAAGGUGCUCGUGCUCGACGCGGACGGCGGCAUGGGCCAGGCCGUGCUCACCGCCCUUGUUCUCGCCAGGGCGGAGAUCCGCGCGGUGGCGCGCAACACGCAGCCCGUCAGGGACCAGUUCGGGCCGUACGCCGAGGUCAUCUCAGGCGACAUGAAGAACCCCGCGUUCGCGAAGCGCGUGCUCCGGGGCGUGCGCGCCGUCAUCGCCGCGGGGUCGCUCGGCGCGGUGCCUGACGUAGCAGCAAGCGCGGGGGUGUCUCAGAUCAUUCUGAUCUCCGCAGUGCCGUCAGGGGGCGGGUUCCUUGGCCUGUUCGGCGGCAACGAGAUCGCAGCGAGCAUCGCGCAGCCUGGGGACGCGCGGGAGGCGCAGCUGGCGUCCUGCGGCGUCCCGUGCACCACUCUGCGUGCGGGGCCUGUGCAGGACGCUCCGGGGAUGUCCCAGGUGACGAUCAGCGCGGGCAACGGGGCCGGCUCGGCGGCGGUGAGCGCGGACGACCUCGCGGCGGUCGCAGCGGCGGUGGCGGGCAUGAAGCCGAAGCAAGCGGGCGUGCUGGAGCUCGCCGUGUCGGGCGGGGGUGGCGCGCCGGCGCCGCAGCUGGAGCAAUUCUUCGCGCCCGUCGAGGCCGCGACGACGUCGUGA